AUGGCACUAAUCGAGGUCAUCGCUAACGAUAGGUUGGGUCGCAAAGUACGGGUGAAGUGCAGCCCCGACGACACAGUAGGAGACCUCAAGAAGCUGAUUGCUGCACAAACCGGAACCGACUUCCGAAAGAUCCAGCUCAAGAAGUGGUACACGAUCUACAAGGACCACAUCACGCUGGCAGACUACGAGAUCCACGAUGGGAUGAGUCUCGAAAUAAAUCAUCACCAUCCAUCUCUCCCGGCGCCCGUCGUGCACAGCAGCUUCUCAGUGCAACAGUCAAAAUCCCAUGUCCUCGCAGGGGUUCAGGACGCGUAUUGGAGUGACGAUGACGCAGACGAUGCGGAAUGCCCUCUUUGCCUCGAGGAGAUGGACAUCUCAGACAUAAACUUCAAGCCGUGUCCAUGUGGUUACCAGAUAUGCCGAUUCUGUUGGCAUCAUAUCAAAGAGAAUCUGAACGGACGAUGCCCCGCGUGUCGUAGACAAUAUACCGAUGACGCUGUGGAAUUCAAGGCCAUAGCCAAGGACGACCACAAGCGCCUUACGCAACAGAAGAAGCAGCGGGAGCGAGAAAGGAAGGAAUUGGACGCGUUAGGUCGCCGCCAACUUGCCAAUGUGCGGGUCGUACAGCGGAACGUUGUUUACGUUGUGGGAAUUGGCCCCCGAUUCGCGAAGGAGGACCUAAUAUCGACUUUGCGUUCAAACGAUUACUUCGGUCAAUACGGGAAGAUAUCGAAGAUGAUUUUGGUCAAACGAACGCAGUCAGGAGGUGGAGCUCCCGUGGUCGGGCUCUAUAUAACAUACCAUCGGCGUGAGGACGCUGCUCGGUGCAUCGCAGCCGUUGAUGGCUCGCCCUCUCCCGGUGGUGGGCGCGACGUCAUGAGGGCUAGUCAUGGGACGACGAAGUAUUGCAUGGCAUUUCUGCGCGGUUUACCAUGCUCCGAUCAAAGCUGCAUGAACCUUCACGAAUGGGGUGACGAGAAGGAUUGUUUCACGAAGGAAGAUCUAACUACGCUGAAACACGCUAUGAAGGACACGGAGACUCGUGCUCGAGCUACGCCUAUACCGGCACCUCCAAAGCGCGAAGAAGCGGAUGGUCUCCCUCGUAAUGCAGCGUGGGGAUCAAAAGCGCCAACUAUCCUAGCAUCUCUCGGACUUCCAUCCUCUAAUGCUGCUGCUGCCACUCAACGAUCUGGACGACGAACCACAACCACCCGACAAACACGUGCCACGAACAACGUCUCCCACACAGAGACAAAGCCCGCUCGAGCCGUUCAUGAACGUAAGACCGUCGUCACGUCGGUUGGUGCUACAAAGACUCCCUCUAUCGCCUCGUCCUCUCGGCCAUCAACUCCAGCAAACGCCAUGGCAUCACAAAGGCCUGCAACUCCCCCUGACGUUAAAGCCCUCCGACAGAAGGCAUGUUCGCCUGCUCCAUCCCCGUCCCCGGCACCAUCUACUGCUGUGGAAUCCGAUCUGGGCUCUGGGUCUCAAGACGUUCCUCCUUCUCCUGCGCCUCGGCCUGCAUCUGCAGAGUCCGCCCCAUUUUCCGCACCGACUACGCCAGCUGUGCCUCCUGGUUUGCCCAGUGCACCACCUGGCUUGCCUGGCCCCCCUGGCCUGCUGCACCCUAGUAAAUCGAAGACUGAUAAUUCACAGCCCUCGUCUUACCAAAUUUCGACUGCUGCACAAGCAUUACUGGACGAUGUCAAAGCUCGCCGUGUCAACCCGAACCCAGCUUCGAACGGCAUCAGUCCUUUCCCGGACCUAGAUCGCACGUUAAACUCGAUCAGUGGACUGACGAACGAGCUUGGUGGCUUCAGCUUUAAUCUGGACCCCAAGCUUGCCGGCAAUGACACUGAUGCUACGAUCCCGGAGCUCGAAAUGGAAGCGAUGACACCCUUUUCUGGUACCUUCAUGGACGCAUUUCCUGCCGUGCGGCCUACCUCUCGCCAGCAGUCUCAGUCAUUCAUAGCUCCUCCCGGUCUCUCAUACCCCCACAGUCCCAACCGGUCCAUUUACGACCCCCUAGCUAUGCGACCAUCACCUAUUGAAAGACCGUCUACCGAUAGCCCUAAUUAUUCAGGUUCAUUCAACCCUUUCUCUGAGUCAGCAGAUGGGGCCUCAAGAGCAGACUUCCCAGACGAAGAGAGGAGGGUAUCACGAUUUAAUUUCGCACGGGGGCGUCAAGGCUCCGCCGCUCACUCAGGUUUACCCGCUGAGGUAUCCGCACUCCGCUCGAGUGAUAUGCGUCAAUUGUCGAUGUCCUUGAAUGACAAUGUGUCAUCUCCUCAGCAACAACAGUGGAACAUGCAUCGUGAUGAAAUGUACAAUCACACUCAUUCCCCAAUGCCCCAGCAACAUACCCCCAACGUUCCAGUUCAACAGCAGAUGAACCGUUUCCAACCCUUUGACACUAGCAUGAGCCUUAGCGAGGCGCAACUCCGAGAGUUUAUUCAGUCGAGCCGCCGACGCGAUCCUACAGUACAUUCAAGUGUUCCAGCCCCAAACCUUUAUCAAUAUCCAUCAAACCAGCCUUUCAGCGAUCCUGCCAUCAUGUCUGCUAGGUUCGCUUCCCCUACGCUGUCCAGUGCUGUAACUUCAAACGGCAACUAUUCCAACUCGGUGCAUACUCCGGGAUCCAUCUCCUCUCAUGGGCCUCCUCCUGGCCUCUCGUUUCCUCCCGGUAUCCCACUGGGUUCUGGCGCCGAUAUCCACGCACAGGGAAAGACUCUGGACUCGUCUCUGAACAUGGACGCAUUCCACCUCACUGCACCUCCAAACGUUCCUGAGUCUUCUUCACCUUCGCCUUCUCCUACUCCCGCUCUAUCAAACACGGACUUCCCUGCUCUCGGUGCCGACACCGGUAUCGCUAGUGCCCAUCCUGAGUCAGAUCUUACCAGUGGUACUCAGACUUCUGAUGAAACUACGAAGGAUAUGUCCAAAGCUGCACGUAAGGCAGAGAAGAAAGCUGCCGCUGCUCAGAGAGCUCUAGAGAGACAAAUGGCUGCCCAGGAGAAAGCUGCGGCGAAGGCGGUUGAGAAAGCUAAGCUUGCGCAAGAAAAGGCUGCGGAGAAAGAGAGGGAGGCUGAGCUGAAGGCGGCGCGGGAAGAGGCGGAGAACGCGAGACUGGCUCAUGAGAAGGUGGAGAGGGAGAAGGCUGCGAAGGAGAGGGCGGAAAAGGCGGAGAAGGAGCGUCUGGCGAAGGAGGAAAAGAGGCUGGCGGCGCAGGCAGCGAAGGAGAAGGCACAGAAGGUUGCCAAACAGGCUACAAGUCAAAAUGGAGUGAAGUCUGCAGCUGGGGCUGGCAAGGGACAGCAACUCGCGACGGUGCAGGAAGAACCUAUCCAGGCGCCCGUGAUGUCCAGGAUGCCGAAGAAGAAUAAGCCUGCCUCUCGCCCCAUCCGUAUUCCCAAGGAGGACGACGUCCCUCCCGACGAAGCUUCCAGCGUCCCUUCCGCCGCCUUGUCAGAUGCUGGCAGAGCAGCUAACCUUCAAGGCACGGGCUCCAAUAAUUCCCGAGCCCAGUCGGUUGACCAUUUAUCACCCUCAGAGCCGACCUCACUUGCGGAGCUCCUGGACGAAAUUGAGUUGAAGAAUCCGAAUAUGGAUCUGCCUAAUCACUCCUUCUUCGAUCUGCAUAAGAUCAACCCGGCCGCGAAGAUGCCACUCGAAUAUGGACCUCUCGUACAUGCGCUCUCUGCGCUCUCUGUCGGAGGCGGCUCGUUUGCGACAAACAUGCCUUCGGGGUCCAUCGAUAAUGCGGUGUCGUCAUUUCAGCAACUUCUAGAGACGUUGACGCAGACCAUAUCUGAUCUGCUUCGCCUGCUUCCGAGGACAACCUGGGAUGACAGCUCUUCGUUUGAUGGCGUUCUCCGCGAUAUGCUCAAAGGCGACGAUUUUCUGGAUGAGGCGGGCGAGGAUUCCAACGGGAAGGACGACGAGGUAGCUGCUCUCACUCUCGCUUUGGAGCGUCGCGCUCGGUGGAUGGAGGUGCAGCUGUCAAAGCUGGAGGAACUUCACCGCGAUAUUAACAACGCUGCUGUACGCGCAGUGCUCGCACUUAACGACGGUGGCUGGGACCGCCACGGCUUCAUGCCGCGCUCGCGCAACACUCUCCGUCGAUUCGAUAACAUCGGGUUGAUCGAGCAGGACGGGGAUUGGCGCCCGAUGAACGCAGACGAGCUGGAGAAGAAACUUAUUGUCGCGAGGGAGGCAGCCGUGUUUGCGGAGACUGAGCUUAGGGAGGCGAUGGAUAGGAUGCAGGACGUGAAGCCGAUGGAGCUCGAGGAGUAUUGA